AAAGGGUUUUAACACACCAGUCUCUCCUCUGCCGCUUGCUGCUAAACCCUCGUUUUCUGUUUUUCAUUUCUAGAACCUUCAUGGCUUCAACAAUGAGGAAACUCAACCGUCUCGCCGCCACCACCCGUGCGGCAGCAUCCUUCUCCUCUACCACCACCACCACCACCACCACCGUUCGCCGCCACUCAAUCAUUCAAACGGCGUCGUAUAAGAGCACCAUGAGUAACACUUUCUCUUACACACCUCAAUCUCACUGGUUACCAUCACACAAUAGGGUUACCGGCGGACGAAGUUGUGCCGGAUGUAACAGGACGUUUUCGACGGCCGCCACCGCCGCGCGAGAUCUCGAUGAGAAAGAGUUACCGCAGUCUAACAAGAGUUAUGUUCCCAACGACGUCGUUCUGUAUCAGUACCAAGCUUGCCCGUUCUGUAAUAAGGUUAAAGCAUUCCUUGAAUACUAUGAUAUUCCAUACAAGAUUGUGGAGGUCAAUCCCAUGAACAAGAAAGAGAUUAAAUGGUCUGAUUACAGGAAGGUGCCUAUAUUGAUGGUGGAUGGUGAACAAAUGGUCAACUCUUCAGAUAUUAUCGAUAAAAUGUACCAAAGGAUGCAUCCUGACUCUGUCACUGAGGAUGCCGAGACUCAGAAAUGGCGUCGGUGGGUGGAUGACCACUUGGUGCAUGUUUUAUCACCAAAUAUAUACAGAAGUCCCUCUGAGGCUCUUGAAUCAUUUGAUUACAUCACUACUAAAGGUAAUUUUAGCUUCACUGAAAGACUGGUGGCAAAGUAUGGUGGAGCUGCUGCUAUGUAUUUUGUGUCAAAAAAGCUGAAGAAACGACAUAACAUUACUGAUGAACGCGCGGCUUUGUAUGAAGCUGCGGAUACAUGGGUUAAUGCCUUGAAUGGCAGACAAUAUCUCGGUGGUUCAGAACCAAAUUUGGCUGACCUUUCUGUGUUUGGUGUGCUGAGACCUAUUCGCGAACUCAAGUCAGGCAAGGAUAUGGUGGAAAACACGCGGAUUGGGGAAUGGUUUAUGAGGAUGGAGAGCCAGAUGAAGCCUCAUCGUGACACGGCUCUUCAAGGUUCAUAAUCACACUUAGUUUUCACCUACUUAUAAUAAGUAUCUUAUAAAUGAGUACCGUUUUGAAAGAUGGUUUGGAAAAUAAUAUCCCAUAUGUGGAUUGCUUAUAGUUACACCACAGUAAUUGAACACGCCACUCGGCUGGUUAUUCGGGUUUUGUUGAUAGUUUAGUGAGAGAACUUGUUUUUUGUCGUUUCAA